AUGGUUGAAGUAUUUUUUGAAGUUCCUACGGGAAAAGAAAAAUCGGAUAAGAAUAGCUGUAUAGAGUUAUUUUUUGAUAUUCAAGAUGGCAUUAAAAAUAAAAUUCGCGAAUUAGAGAAAACACAGGGAAAAAAUGACAUUGACAAGAAAUGUCAAGAGAUAGAUAAAUAUUUACAAGAACAAAAGGAUAGUCACAAUGAAUGUUAUCAAGAUUCAAUCAAAAGCUUUGUCACAUAUAUUGACCAAGAAACGCGCAACAUAUUAUCAAAAUAUAGCAAAUAUUCUCAAUAUUGUAAGUGUUUGACAUCUACGAUUGAAGAAUGUACUAAACCAAAUGUUGAAACGGAGGAAUUAGGAAAAGAAAAUGGAAAUCCUGUAUCAGAAAGAUUAACUGUCGAAAAUUCCAAUCAAACAGCAUCAAUUUGCAAUGGUAAACCAUGUAUAAUCAGAUAUUCAGAAAAUCAAGAGUUACCCGUCACAAAUCACACAAGCAGCCAUGAACAUUCAACAGACAGUGCAAAAAUUACAUCAAAACCCUCAGAAGGUAUAAACGUAAUGGUUAAUCCUCCUUCUGCUGUGUCUUCUGCUUGUGAAGUUUAUAGGGAUUAUUCUGAUACAAGUAAAGGAACAGGCUGUCCUUCGAAAGACAUGUCAUCUUCAGGCCAUUCCACAAGUGAAGGAAGUGAAGCUCAUCCAACUAUUCCAUCUUCAGUAAGUGAUUCUGUUAACAAAUAUAAUUCCACAUAUAUCUCUCAAGAAUAUGUAGCAGGAUUGAUAAAUAUUAAUAGUAAAACUCAUAAUAGUGAAAAUACGCAAUGUGAGGUUACUAAUGAUCAACAUACAACUGAUGGAAGUGAAUACACUGUUAUUAUUAAGCUUCGUGAUUGUAAAAGUGAAAAUAUUACAUAUACUAUUUUAGAAAAUUCCAAUAAUAAAAGUCUUCACCCCUGUAAUAAUACCAACUGCGGAGAAUCACACUUACAUAUCAACGAAGAUGGAAGUAAUAAUCCUAACAGAGAAGACCAGCAGAACAAUGCAAUUACCAGGAAUAGUUUAGGUAAAGGUUUAAAUUCAGGCAACGGAAUUGUAAGUAGUGGAGAUUCAGUGUUGGAAGAAACUGAUACAAUACCAGAAAAACCUCCCCUAAAAAUGUACAUUACAAUUAUUGCAAUGAUAUUAGGAGGAAUAUUUUUAUUUGCCUUUCUUUUAUAA